AUGAAUGAAAAUUUAACAGAUGAAUUUAAAUUUGGUUUAUGUACAAGUUGCAAUAAUCCAAAUGACGAUGUUGAUUGGUGCAAAAUCUGUAAUGCAGAGAGAUUUCCAAUAAUUGAAAUAACAGAUGAUGAUAACGAUGAUUAUAAUUUUUCAAGUAGUCAAAAAGUAUAUCUUCCCUUGAAUGUCGCAAUUAAAAAUUUAAAUGAUUCAUUAAAUAUUAGUGAAGACUUUUUAAAAGAGAUAGAAAAAGUUUUAGAGGUUUGGUACAAUGAUGAUAAAAUAAAAAAUAUGUUUGAUGAACUCGAUGAAAUAGGAAUACAAAAAUCUGAGGAUCCUGAUAAAAUCCACAAAAGCGCUAUUUAUACAAGCAAACGUCUCAAGUAUUCAGGCCUUCCUAACCCUGCGAACUCCGUUGAAAUUCCACCAUUUUGUAUUGAAGAAAUCAAAUGA